CAGAAUAGACUAAAGUCCAGCAAAGAGAGGACAGGAUGAGAUAGAGACGUUUUAUUUGUGUGGAAACAAAGCCUGCUGCAACAUCUGGAGAAAGCACAGAUUGAACUUGGACAGCCCCAGAGCCCUCCUCUUCAUUUCCUGCCUUCAGCAACGACAGAAAAAAAAGUGAAAAGAAUGCAUAGACUGGAGAUUUGUCUGCUGAAAUAACGCGAGUUUGAAGUUUAACAAAGGCGCAUUUUUUUAUUUUUGUCUUGUCAAGUCAGUCUUUCCAGCGUCUAAAACAGGAGAGUUGUGGUUUUUUUUUCCAUCUCAGGCGAUGUUUUGACAAAAAACAAGGGGAAGAUUGUGCAGACGUAUAUAGGGACAUCUGCCAAAGUUAUAUAUAUAUAUAUAUAUAUAUAUAUAUAUACAUUUAAGCGUGUAGUUAUGAUACCAGAGGUGAGAUCGGUGGUCCGGCUGCUGCUGCUGGCGGUGGUCUGGGAGCUGAGAGCGCAGGGAGCGACGCAACGGCAGAUCAAUCCAGAGUCAUGGCUGCAGCAGUAUGGCUACCUUCCCCCAGGAGACCUGAGGACCCACUCCCUUCGCUCCCCUCACUCUGUCUACUCUGCCAUCGCCACAAUGCAGAGGUUCUACGGCCUUACAGUAACCGGGACCAUGGAUGAGAAAACGAUCGAGGCCAUGAAGCGACCGCGCUGCGGGGUACCAGAUAAGUUUGGAGCUGAGCUGAAGAGCAACUUAAGGAGAAAGCGCUACGCCAUUCAGAACCUGAAGUGGCAGAAAAAAGAUAUCACGUUUUCUAUCCAGAACUACACCCCAAAGGUGGGCGAGUAUGAGACCUACGAGGCCAUCAGGAAGGCCUUCAAGGUGUGGGAGAGUGUCACCCCUCUCCGUUUCCAGGAAAUCCCUUACAGCUACAUACGGGACAAGGUGGAGGAGUUUGCUGACAUCAUGAUCUUCUUUGCGGAGGGUUUCCAUGGUGAUGCAAGUCCUUUUGAUGGCGAAGGGGGCUUCCUGGCACAUGCCUACUUUCCUGGCAACGGCAUCGGUGGAGACACUCACUUUGAUGCAGCCGAGCCAUGGACGAUUGGAAACCAGGAUCUGCUUGGUAAUGAUGUCUUUCUUGUUGCGGUGCACGAACUGGGCCAUGCUCUGGGUCUUGAGCACUCUAAUGACCCCUCAGCCAUCAUGGCUCCCUUCUAUCAGUGGAUGGACACGGAGAACUUUCAACUUCCUGAUGAUGACCGCAGAGGCAUACAGCAACUUUAUGGAUCUAGAUCAGGCCUACCGCCCCCUCCAUUGACACCGCAUCCACCUGACCACGACCCCCAGCCCACCUAUUCACCAGACAAACCUCACUUUGGUCCCGACAUCUGCGAUGGACACUUCGACACCAUCGGAAUCUUCAGAGGAGAAAUGUUUGUGUUCAAGGACAAAUGGUUCUGGCGAGUACGCCACGGUCGUGUGUUGGAUGGAUACCCCAUGCCCAUUGGUCACUUUUGGAGGGGAUUGCCCACUAACAUAAAUUCUGCUUUUGAAAAUGAAGAGGGGAAAUUUGUUUUCUUUAAAGGAGACAAGUAUUGGGUGUUUAGCGAAUCAGUUCUUGACUCUGAAUACCCCAAGUAUCUUAAGGAAAUGGGCUCCGGACUUCCCAAAGACCGGAUAGAUGCUGCUCUCUACUACACCCUUAAUGGACAGACAUUUUUCUUCCGAGCUAACAAGUAUUAUCGUUUCAAUGAAGAAUCAAAAAGAGUUGAUGAUGGCUACCCCAAAUCUAUUGACACAUGGCAGGGUGUUCCUGACAACAUCAAGGCAGCCUUCAUGAGCAAAGAUCAAGCGUAUACCUACUUCUACAAAGCCAACAAGUACUGGAAAUACGACAAUCAGAGGAUGCGUGUGGAGCCUGGAUACCCCAAAUCAGCUCUCCGUGACUGGAUGGGCUGCCCCAACGAGGAUCCCAAGACAGAUGGAGGAAGAGGCGGCAGUGGCCAUGAUAGAGACAAAGAGAAGGAAAAGGAGCGGGAAAAGGAAAAGGGACGGGAGGAUAAGGACAGAACUAGAGCUAAAGACAGGAACACAGAGAAUGAGACAGAGACAGAGGAAGAGGUGGAUGUGACCAUUAUUGAGACGCGUCAGGGGAAUGGAGCAGUGGCUGUGGUGUUGCCACUGUUCCUUUUGGUCUGUGUGAUUGCCACAUUGGCAGCCUUGGUGUUUUUCCGUAUGUACGGCACUCCACGCCGAAUCCUGUACUGCCAAAGAUCUCUACUAGACAAGGUGUAAGUGGAGGAGGGGCAAACGGAGCAAGGGAGGAGAGAAACAGGAAAAAAAUGGGAGCAAAUUUUCAACAGAUAGCGAAUCAGGAGAGAAAGAGCUGAAGGAAAAGUGCAAGACAUUAUUUUAAAAUAUUCUUACCACUGCCUAAUUCAUCCAUCUCUUAUCUCUUAACCACUCGAUCCUUGUGUUUUCCACUCCUUGUGUCUCCGCCCAUCCUCCUGUGUUAACUGACGCCAGCUAGUUGCUGUUUGUUUUAGCGAUUUUUCAAUGUCUUACUUGUAGUUUUUUUUGCUGAUGGUAAGGUUUGUGUUCUUGUGAAUUUCCCGUCAGAACCUGCAUGUUCGCAAUGCAGAGUGAAGCAUGUUUCUUUGCAUGAACACCCGCCUUCAAACAGUCCUUCCCCUCUUGAAACAUGUUGGAGUCAGUUUGGACAAUUAAAGGGAAACAAAGCAUUCACUUACAUCCUCAUAAAGCACUACAUACAUUCAUCAGUUAAAGCCAUUCAUACAGCUCAUUUGUUACCUUUGUGUUCAGUGAUGAAUUUUGUCAUGAAUGAUGUUGUCAUUAGUAUUAUGACUGUUACUAUUGUUGAAUGUUUUUUUUUGUAAAUUGACAUUAAAACGUCCUGCUGGACAGAGACAUACACUUUGGAAAGUGGCCUUAAUUUUAUACAUGUGGGGACAGUGAACAGGGAAAUGGGGAUAUGUAUGCUUGAAACUUGAUUGUUUUUUUAUACACAUUGAAUCUAUCUCAAAUGAAAAUAAAUUGAAGAUUUAAGAAAAAUGACUCCUUUUUUGUCAUUGUACUUGAACAGUUUUUUAAUUACGGUGCUACAUACCUAGUCAGGGUAAAAGCAGUUUUGACAAUAAUAGUAGUGAUUAUGAUUAUAAUGACAACUAUUCGGUUUGAAGAAGUGUGUGUACUUCCUUUUUCUCUUUCCUCUUACACGAAUAAAGUAAUUUUAAAAGGC